AUGGCACCGCCGCGUUCGGUCUUUCUAGUUACGCGACGCGACUUCACCUCUGACUCUGAAGGUCGCCUCGAAGUGUUGGAGGCAUUCGCCACUCGAGACGCGGCCACUGAAGCUGCCGAAGCCCAUGGCGAGGAGGAGGAUGCUGAGGUGAAAUUUGAGGUCACGGAACUUGCCGCUGCUUCGAAAGUGAAGACCAAGAAGACCGUCGCUGAAGACGAGGAGGACGAUGACCAGAAGCCGGCCCCGAGCAAGAAGGCCGCCGCCGAAAAGUCAGAGAAGAAGGCCAUACCAAAGGGCAAGGCCGAUUCGCUGCAGGGUCUGAAAGCAAGUGGUGUCCGUCAAGAUGGCCGCGAUUAUGCUAACAAGCUGCAGAUGACCUUCACAGGAACCUUCAAGUCCAUGGACCGCAAGACUUGUGAAGCGACUGCUAAAGUGUAUGGUGCCGACAUUGUGAGUGACAAGAAGCUUGCGGAAGCCGACCUCAUCGUGGUUGGAGAGCGCCCUGGAACGAAGAAGGUCGACGAGAUCAAGGAGAAGUCUCUGAAGACAAUCAAUGAGGCUGAGGAACUCCAGGAUCCUUGA